UAAGAGGCUGGCCGGCACUUUCCUCUUUUCAGAGGUGCUGGUUUGAAAUGUGCUUGGAGAAUGAAUGGACACGGGAUGGGUGAAUGGACAGACCAUCGCGAAGUUGAGCUUUUCAUUACUCUCGUCCCACUCCUCCAACAUCUACGUCGUUGUGAUGCAAGCCAAAGCCGCGCCUUGGUGAGCAAGAGUGACGUCUCAACCCCGAAGUAAACGCGCUGAGGCGUCGCUGUCGAUGCCACGAUUGGAUGCUCCUCUGUGAGCCUUACGGAAGCGGCCGCGGGAUAAGAGAGAUCGGUUUUUCCAAACUCACGCAAAGAUUUAAACAGGUGCGUUUCCUUCCCUUUCAGAGCUUUUGUCUUUAAGUUUCGAGACAGGGAUUGUUUUGUUUUAAUGCUUCGAUGCGUCAGUUUGAUCCGCUGCUGGCCUAGCAACCUUGCAAGCAAGCAACAGUGCUUGUUUCUUCCCUUGUUCGUCGUGUUUGGUGACUCGAAGAAGAGAGAAAAAAAGAAAAACUUGGCUCUCUGGGCUUGUAUGCUUGUGGCUUUGCUUGCUCGGUUGGGUUCGUAGGUAGCUGUAUGGUUGAAGCAUUCAUUGUUUUGAGUUUAAAGUCUUCUCUUUGUGGAUUCCUUUCGUGGCGAGAUAUAGUCUCGAAGCUCUCGGUGGACGCAAAAACUAUAAACUAUGGAGAAAUCUCUAAAGAACAGUGUGCUUGAUACUCCUUGGUUUGUGCCGGAUUGAAAAGAUUGGAAUUUGGCUUGCUUUGCUUGGAAGUGGUGGUGGUGCUUGUGUCCAUUGAUUGCUACGGGGGAGAGCAUUGCAUUGCUUCCGCGAAUAAUUGCCUGGAGUAAAGCUUCUCUCGUGGACGGCUGGGAUCUCUUGCCGCCUAUCCGACGGUAACGAUCGCGAGCGCUAUUUUACGGCAGUUUUGAGGUUAACUAUUACGGGCAUAUUCUAUUUUAUUUUAUUUUGGUGUUGGCGUACGAAGGCGCGGGUUUAACAAUGUAUGGGUGGGAAUAAAAGAAAGAAUGAAAGACGCCAAAAAAGAAGGUGAGAGAGAAGAGGAGCGUCUCGAGUGACCCGGCCAGGGCACCGCGCGAGGGAUUGGAUGGAGUGCUCGGCUAUGGCGCUGCUGGUUGGGGACAUCGUCGCCGGUGAAAUACGAUUCUAGGUCUCCUCCUCUCUCUCUCCCUCCCUCCCUUUGCUCGCAAUCGCCUGUCGCGGAAGAUACAAGGAAGAUUUUCCAUCCGCCGCCAGUACGAAAGAUUUGAUGCAUCGGUGUGGCAAAUGUGAGGGAUCGUCUCACUCUACACGGCAGGGAUGAUGGAAGCUCACGGAUUGCGCGUGGAGGAUCUUGUCGGCUAGAGGAGCUACAAUUCCCUUGAGUUAGAACACCGGAAAGAAUGGAGAGGUCAAGGCAGCAAAGGCGAUGGAAUACAGGGCAAUUGAUGAAGAGCUUGGAUGAAUCGCAAUUACCAAGGUCUGUAGAGCCCAGUAGUAGCCAUGGGAGGAACCUCGCAUCAAGGCUGGGAAUGACGGAGGUCUCGUGCUUUCCCAGCUCCCGAUCAAGACGAGCGUCCAACAGGAUGGAGUUUCUUAGAGACAACACAGCGGGGUCAUCGAACUCACGGAGGAGGAUGGAAACGAGCAAGAUAAACUCCGAGCGGGGGAAAGGAAUUCGCAUCAUAAACAACGAACUGGCCCGUGAAAGAGAAGAUCUCGCGGCCGCCAGCCUUUCCGACGAGGACGACCAAGUCUUUGAUCUGUCGCUGCUGGAAGGAGCCUCCUACCCCAACGUUUUGGGGGCAGGGACGAGCAUGAGAAGCUUGAGUUGCAAGCGAAAGAGCUCUUCGUUUGUUCGCGGCAGCACAAGCACUGGAAGUGGCGGCUCCGGCAAGGCAAAGAUGGCGGAAGAGCAAGCUCUAAGAAACCAAAGAGGACUUCAUAACUUGCGAAGGUCGUCAACUUCGAUAGACGGGCAGAGGCUAAAGGUUUCCAGGAGGAAUGCCGAUGCUCCAGAAGGCGGGGCCUCCUCUUCCUCGUCGCCUUUGCGUUUGUCAAGAGACUCAACCGCGCCGGACUACGAUCGGUUACUAAGUUCCGCGAGCUCACUCACAAGAAGGCCGGCUGGUGGCACUGUCGACACGCGUGGCCGGAGUCGUAAUUAUGAUCCAAGCAGCUCGGCCGAAACGGUCCCGAGGAGCGUGAGGAGUGCGCUGCAUCCUCCGGAACGAUCGACAUUUGCGAGAAGGGAUUCCAGAGAAACGCCGGAAUCGAGCAGCCAGGCCUUCACAAAACGGAACAUUUCGAACUGCUUUGGAAGCGGUCGAAGAUCGCCAUCUCCGAGGCCGAUUGGUGGCCAUGAGAGAGGCUCCCGCCACCUUGCUGCUUCGAGCUCGAAUCCAGUGCAAGCUCCGCCAUCCUCGUUGCUCUCGGCGGCAUUGGAAGCAGCGGCGACGCCGUCGUCCUCGAGCUCGUUUCGCCAACAAGGUGGCCAAGUUUCCUCGAGCGGUGACAACAAUCAGUGGUCGACACCAACAAUGGCUUCUGGGUGGGAGUACCAUCGUCCCCGGCUCAUGGCGGAAGGCCUCGCGAAGAUCCUAUUGGCGUUGGAGCGGGUUGAAAACGACGAGGAGUUGACGCAUGAGCUGUUGAUGCUGGAAGCCACCGUCUUGUUUGGCGGGAUGGCGGUCCACGAUCGCCACAGUGACUGGAGGAUGGACGUCGAUAACAUGACCUACGAAGAGCUCCUCGCCCUCGAAGAGAAGAUGGGAAGCGUAAGCAUUGGAGUGAGCGAGGAGAGGAUAGCUCAUGGAUUGCAAAAGUGUCGAUUCAGUACGCUGUUUGCCGGGUGCGGGCAGGAUGGCGAGCUCAAGUGUAGCAUCUGCCAGGAGGAGUAUCGCAAUGGCGAGCAGCUGGGGCGGAUCGAGUGUGGUCACAAGUUCCACAUCGGUUGUAUCAAGCAGUGGCUUGGACACAAGAACUUAUGCCCGAUCUGCAAGGCCACGGCAGUGUCGUGAUCUCGUGCACGUCAACUUGUGAGUUUCACGUCCUUGUUCUUUCAUUCCACACACAUCCUAGUUUUUAGAAAGAAUAAACUCUAGACUUUUCUUUCAAUGGCAUCUUAAAGCAGGAAUUCUCGAGACUAUCUUUGUUUUCCAAAGUCAAUAAUAGACUUUAAAGGCGAGAGAAACUCCAUGGAAACUA